AUGGUAACUCAAAAAGAGGAUAUUGAUGGUGAAUUUGAAGAAAAUAUAGAAGAAAAAGCAAUUAAUGAAGAAUAUAAAAUUUGGAAAAAGAAUGCACCAUUUCUAUAUAAUCUUGUUAUAACUCAUGCACUUGAAUGGCCUAGUUUAACAGCACAAUGGUUACCACAUGUUCGAACGGAAGAAGGUCGUGAUUUUAAUACACAUCGUUUAAUACUUGGUACACAUACAUCUGAUGAACAAAAUCAUCUUGUUAUAGCUAGUGUACAAUUACCAAAAGAAGAUUUUGAAUUUGAUACAUCAUAUUAUGAUAAUGAUAAAGCUGAAUUAGGUGGUUUUGGUUUAAUUAAUGGUCGUAUUGAAGUUGAUGUAAAAAUAAAUCAUGAAGGUGAAGUUAAUCGUGCACGUUAUAUGCCACAAAAUCCUCAAAUAAUUGCAACUAAAACACCUUUAUCAGAUGUAUUAGUAUUUAAUAUUGAUACACAUCCAUUAGGUAAAGAACAAGCAGGUGAAUGUAAUCCUGAAUUACGUUUAAAAGGUCAUACAAGAGAAGGUUAUGGUUUAUCAUGGAAUUCAAAUUCAAAUGGACAUUUACUUAGUGCAGCUGAUGAUCAUACUGUUUGUUUAUGGAAUAUAAAUAUGCAACCACAACAAGGAAAAAAUUUAGAUGCUUUAUCAAUUUAUACGGGACAUUCCAUGGUUGU